CACUUGUUCACUCGCUAUCUAGCUGACAAAAUUCGAUCAAACAAUAAUGUCUUCCAAGAUCAUUUCCGCCAUUGUUGCUCUUGCCUGUGUUGGAACGAUCGUUGCCGCACCUCAGUACCAUCAUCAGGAAGAAGAACAUCAUGGUCCAGUUCAAUAUGAUUUCCACUACGAUAUUCAUGAUGAUCAUACCGGUGAUGUUCACGGACGCAAGGAGACUCGUCACGAUCAUCAAACUCAGGGAGAAUACUAUCUGAUCGAUGCCGAUGGUCACAAGCGUACCGUAACUUACCACGUUGAUGGCAAAAGUGGAUUUAUUGCUCAGGUUCACCGUGAGCCAAUCAAGGGACACCAGGCUCCACAGCAGGUGCACAAGAUUCUGGCCGCCCCAGUGCAUAAGAUUCUGGCAGUUCCAGCGCAUCACGGACAUCACUAUUAG